AUGACAUCUGCAUUUUUGCUUAUUGGUCUUCUUAUUCUACUGAUACCUCUGUUCAGUGCAGAGGAAUGCAUUAUUUGUGAUUACUUUGUGCUUGUUGGAGAGCCUAUAGCUGUUAGUUGCCCAAUAAUUACAUCGCCAGUGCUUCAUUCUGAUUAUAAUCUGACGUGGUAUAGAAAUGGUAGUGCUACACCAGUAACUUCAGAGAGAAAUGCCAGGAUCCAUCAGCGAGAGGGCUUGCUUUGGUUUAUUCCUGCAGUGCUGGAAGAUUCUGGACUUUAUGAAUGUGAUGCAAGGAGCCUUAACCACUCUAACAAAAAAACUAUACAUUUAACAGUUUUUAAGAAUGAUAAUGGUUUGUGUUUUAAUGGAAAAAUGAAGUUUGAACAAAAAGUGAUGAGCACAAAGACUGGAAAGAUUAUAUGCCCUGAUCUAGAACAUUUUAAAGAUGAAGACAACAAUCAGCCUGAAGUACACUGGUAUAAGGAGUGUAAGCCUGGAUUUCUUGAAGACGAGCGACUUCUUUUGUCAGAGGGUGAAAAUUCUGUCUUGAUUCGCAACGUAACUGUACAAGACAGAGGAAACUACACGUGCCGUAUGGUAUACACAUAUAUGGGAAAACAAUAUAAUGUUUCGCGAACCAUGAGUCUAGAGGUUAAAGAAGCACCACGGCAGAUGAAACCAGAGUUUAUUUAUCCAAAGAACAAUACAAUUGAAGUAGAACUUG